AUGGCUUCAUUCACCGUUUCAGCCCAGCCAAACACCGACGUCUGGAAGAAACCGCCCUCCCACGACGUCUUCACCGCCCCCUACAAAUCCCUCUCCAAAAAGCCCUUGCCAAAGUUCCUCUCCGCAACCCUCACGUUCACAGCAACAUACACCCACCAAUUCGACCAAGCCGGCAUCCUCCUCCUCUUCACCCGUCCCUCCUCUUCCUCCUCCGCCACGCCCCGCAAAUGGAUCAAAGCCGGCAUCGAAUUCUUCAACGGCCGUCCCCGCCUCUCUACCGUCUGCUGCGACAGCUGGGCUGACUGGAGCGUCGCCGACGUCUCCUCCUCUGCCGCAGACAUCCAGGCCGGGACCAAAGGCGUGACGAUCCUCCUCGAGAGGCUGGACGCGCACGACGGCUCUUGCCUGUGGGUGUAUCGCGUCGACGGCGAGGAAAAGACGCCGAUGAGGGAGAUUUGCUGGCCGUAUGGGGAGGAUAACGGGGGCGAGGGCUGGGAGCUCGAGGUUGGGGCGCUGGUGGCGAGGCCGAGUAAAGAUGUUGGUAGUGAGCUGGAGGCCACGUUUGAGGGUGUUGAUGUCAAGUGGGAUGCUGCUUAG